AUGGUACUCUAUCUUCUUCUCCUCACCUUCGCCAUCACCAUCCUUAUCGCUAUCACCGCUUCCCGAUUUCUCUCCACCUCUGCAGCUUCCAAACACCGGCUGCCGCCAGGCCCAAAACCAUGGCCGAUAAUAGGCAACAUCCCUCACCUCGGCAAGCAAAUUCACGUCUCCCUCCAACGCUUCUCCCACCUCCACGGCCCUCUCAUCUCCCUCCGCCUCGGCACCCAGCUCCUCAUCGUCGCCUCCUCCCCAGCCGCCGCCGCAGAAAUCUUGAGAAACCACGACCGCCUCCUCUCCGCCAGAUACGUAGCCACCAUCGUGCCUUACGACACGGCAGAGCUCGACCGUAAGGCGAUCGUCUGGUCUUCCAACUGCAACAAUGACAGUUGGAAGGCCUUCCGAUCAAUGUUCAGGAACCAGAUAUUCUCCGCGAGGGCGAUCGAAUCUCAGGCCUCCGUCAGGGAGAGGAAGGUCGCCCAGAUGGUGGAAUAUCUUGAUGGAAAAUUAGGGGAGCCGGUUCGUAUCGGCGAAGUGGUUUUCGCUGCCAUCUUCGACUCGCUGUCGAAUCUCAUGUUCUCGCGAGAUUGCAUCGGGUUCGAAAGCAGCAGCGAGACUGCGAAGCGAUUGAAGUCGCUGAUUUGGAGGAUGAUGGAACUGGGGACUAAAACUAAUCUCGCCGAAUUUUUUCCAGUUCUGAGGAAAAUGGAUCCUCAGGGGCUGAGACGCGAGAUGUUUCGCUGUUGCAAUGAGCUCUACUCCGUCUGGCAGCCUUACGUCACAGAGAGGAGGGAGCGACGGCGGGGGCGAGAGCGAUCUGGUGUUGAAGAUUUCUUGGAUGUUUUCCUGGAAAAUGGACUCGAUGAUGACCAGAUUGACUGGUUGACUCUCGAAUUGUUCUCCGCCGGUACGGAUACUAGCGUGGCAACAAUAGAAUGGGCGAUGGCCGAGCUGAUUCGAAACAAAGGAGCGAUGGACAAGCUGCGGGAGGAGCUGAAGAGUUCGUUAUGA